GUCUUGUUCUCGUUUGCCGUUGUGAUUUUCGUCUUUGUUCUUGUACGCGACGUUCAUUUCAGUGCUCUCGCCUCUUUGUGUUGCUGCUUCACUGUGUUCGCCAUCUUUACUUCGAUUGUUGUUUCUGAGAGUACUAUGGCUACGACCUCUUUUCCUACUUCCAUUGCGGAAAAAUUAGAUGAUUCAAACUAUCUUCACUGGCGGCAAUUUGUUGAACCAGUGAUUAAAUCAUGUAAGCUUCACUGUUUUGUUGUCAAUCCUAAUGUUCUGCCUAGAUAUCUCAAUGAAAUUGAUAGAGCUGCUGAUAUUAUUAAUCCUGCGUAUGAAGCCUGGGAGUCUAUUACAAUGGUUGAUGGGUCUAGGGUUUUAGCUCGUAGUGUUGGGAUUGUAAAUCUUUUUCCAUCUUUAUCCAUUGGACCAGAGUUCGUGACAAAUGGUUACCGGAUAUUCUAUUUUUUUUCUGUGAGUAAUUGUUGUUAUUAUGCAGAACCUACUGGAGUACUUAUUGAUCUUGCUGGGACACUUAUUACCUCACUGAUUCCAGAGGAUUCAGUAGAUGAUAGAAGGGAAGCAUUGCUUAGAGCAAGCAGUCUUGCCCUAACAAGGGGGGUGACCACGGUUGUUGAUAUGGGAAGAUAUUAUCCUGGCUUUUCACCUGAACUUUCUUGGGAUGAUUUUUCAGAUGUUUAUCAAUGGGCUAAUUCUAUGUCAAAAAUGAAAAUUAGAGUAUGUUUAUUUUUUUCAAUGGAGACAAGGUUACGCUUGGUGGAUUUGAUUAACAAAGUUGGCCAUACCUUGAGCGAAUGGAUUUAUAUUGGUGGUGUUAAAGCUUUUGCUGAUGGGUCUUUGGGUUCCAAUAGUGCAUUGCUUUAUGAGCCAUAUGUUGAUGAGCCAGACAACUAUGGUUUACAAGUGACUGAACCUGAAGCACUUCUCAACAUGACCUUGGAGUCUGAUUUAUAUGGUCUACAGGUCGCUAUUCAUGCUAUAGGAGACAAAACAAAUGACCUUAUCUUGGACCUAUAUAGUUCAGUAGCUUCUGCAAAUGGUAUGAGAGAUCGAAGAUUCAGGAUUGAGCAUGCCCAGCAGUUGGCAGCCGGAACCCCUGGCCGAUUUGGUAAACAAAGGGUUGUUGCUUCCAUGCAGCCAGAUCAAUUGUUGGAUGAUGCUGACUCUACUAGCAAAAAGCUAGGCAAGGAUAGGGCAGACACAGAAUCAUAUUUGUUUCGGUCACUCUUAAAUAACAAUGCAUUAGUGGCAUUUGGUUCUGACUGGCCGGUGGUAGACAUCAAUCCCUUAAGUGGAAUUAAGACAGCAAUGAAGAGGAAGCCUCCCACUUGGAAAAGUGCAUGGAUUCCAUCCGAAUGCAUUUCACUAGAUGAUGCAAUAAAGGCUUACACCAUUUCUGCUGCAGCAAGCUUCCUUGACAAAGAUCUUGGGUCCUUAUCUCCAGGGAAACUGGCAGAUUUUGUCAUAUUGUCCACUGAUUCAUGGCAAGACUUUGCUGAAGAUGCAUCUGCAUCUAUUGAGCAAACAUAUGUUUCUGGUGUGAGAGCAUAUCCUUGAAGCCUCUCCAUUCAGUUAGAUGAUAAUUUUGGGGUAAAUUAAAAAGAUAAUCACGGUUUUCUUUCAGUCCUAUAGAAAAAACUCUACAUUUUAGUUGAUACAGUAAAUAUGGAAAGAACUGGGUUGCAAAACAUGAUAAUGGUGUUUGUUAUUUUGUUUCUUAUCGUAUCUUGAUAACAUUUGUCAGUUCCUUCAUGAAAAAGACUACACUAUAGCAAAAUCUCUACAUUUUUGGUUUAUACCUGACCUGACACCACUUUUUGGUCUCAAAAAUCUCAACACUGGUAAAAUUUG